CGGCGGCGGCAGCACCAACGGCAUCCGCGUUGCGCGAAAGGGAUGUGAGCAGCCGGGCUGAGUCAGCAUCCCCGGGUCGGGGCGCGCGCGCAUCCUCCCUGCCAGGCGGCUGGCGACGUGCACACAGGUGCAAGGCCGCCGAGUCUGCUGGGAGACCCCGGUUCUGGCAGGGACCCGGACGUUCAGUGGAUGAGAAAAGUUGAGGCACACAGCACUGGAGGGACUCACCCGAGGGUUCACAACAUCUACAGGCACACGCUGGCCCAUUUCUGCAGCCAUAGCUCAUCCGAAGAUAUUUGCCACCUGCAUGAAACCUUACAGAAACAUGAAGCCCUCCACCAUCUGGAACUGAGAAACCCAUUCGAGGCUGACUGCGGCUUCUAGAACAUCCAGGUGUUCUGCAGAUGUGAGAAUUUAUCUUGCUCUCACCAGCUGGAGUCCCAAACAGAAGCAAGACUUGUGCUGUGGCCCUAAUAUCCCUGAGCACAGAGGGGUCAUUUUUUAAGUGGCCAAAAAGCCAUCACUGACAUGGAUGUCUGAUUGCCACACGCGGCUGGUCCCAGUUGCCUCUUGGAACUGCAGGGGGCCAUCCAAAUUCAAGGUUGCAAAUUUCCUGACUCUCGAAUUAGGAUGCCAGGUGGGGGCCUCAUUUCCGCAGCCCCAACAUCCUUAUAGGGACCACCACCACCAGUAUCUCCUUGCACACUCCAUCACUGCUUCCAGAGACUCCCUGCACUGAGAGUGAGCAGAAGGAAGCUCUUGGAAAAAUCUUUAGCUGUGGCCCACAGACAGUCAUUGCCCUCCCCUUCCCACCAUGGGCUGGCUUUUUCUAAAGGUCCUCUUCGUGGGGAUGACUUUCUUGGGAUGCCUUUAUCCUCUUGUGGAUUUUUGCUGCAGUGGGGACACACGAGGCCAGAAGCCGAACUUCGUGAUCAUUCUGGCAGAUGACAUGGGGUGGGGUGACCUGGGAGCCAACUGGGCAGAAACGAAGAACACUGCCAACCUUGAUGAGAUGGCUGCGGAAGGAAUGAGGUUUGUGGAUUUCCACGCAGCUGCCUCCACCUGCUCACCCUCCAGGGCCUCCCUGCUCACCGGACGGCUUGGCCUUCGCAAUGGAGUCACGCACAACUUUGCGGUCACUUCCGUGGGGGGUCUUCCACUCAACGAGACCACCUUGGCCGAGGUGCUGCGGCAAGAUGGCUACAUCACCGGGAUGAUAGGCAAAUGGCACCUUGGGCACCAUGGAUCUUACCACCCCAACUUCCGAGGUUUUGAUUACUACUUUGGAAUCCCAUACAGCCAUGACAUGGGCUGCACUGAUACCCCGGGCUACAACCACCCUUCUUGUCCAGCGUGUCCGCGGGGGGACAGACCGUCAAGGAACCUCGAGAGGGACUGUUACACGGAUGUGGCCCUUCCUCUGUAUGAAAACCUCAACAUUGUGGAGCAGCCGGUGAACCUGACCCGCCUCGCGCAGAAAUAUGCCGAGAAGGCUACCCAGUUCAUUCAUCAUGCGAGUGCCAGCAGAAGGCCCUUCUUUCUGUACGUGGGCCUGGCUCACAUGCACGUACCCUUAUCCGGGACACGGCUCUCCACAGACCCACAGGGCCAAGGGCCGUAUGGUGCAGAUCUCCGAGAGAUGGACAACCUGGUGGGCCAGAUCAAGGACAAAGUUGACCGCACAGCGAAAGAAAACACAUUCCUCUGGUUUACAGGAGACAACGGCCCGUGGGCUCAGAAGUGUGAGCUGGCAGGGAGCGUGGGUCCCUUCACUGGAUCGUGGCAGACGCGUCAAGGGGGAAGCGCAGCCAAGCAGACGACCUGGGAAGGUGGGCACCGCGUCCCCGCCCUGGCUUACUGGCCUGGCACAGUCCCCGCCAAUGUCACCAGCACUGCCUUGUUAAGCGUGCUGGACAUCUUCCCCACUGUGGUAGCCCUGGCCGGGGCCAGCCUUCCCCGAGACCGGCACUUGGACGGUGUGGAUGCCUCUGCUGUGCUCUUUGGCAGGUCUCAGACGGGGCACCGGGUGCUGUUUCACCCCAACAGCGGGGCAGCCGGGGAAUAUGGAGCCCUUCAGACUGUCCGCCUGGGACCACACAAGGCCUUCUACAUCACCGGCGGAGCCAAAGCCUGUGACGGCAAGGUGGGGCCCACGCGGCGUCACGAGCCCCCCCUUAUUUUCAACCUCGAAGACGAUGCCGCAGAAGCGGAGCCUCUAGAACGAGGCAGUGCCGAGUACCAGCGCGUGUUGCCUGAGGUCAGAGAGGCUCUGGCGGGCAUUCUUCUGGACGUUGCUGGUGACAAGACCUCCAGGGCGGAUUACACUCGGGACCCUUCGGUGACUCCCUGCUGCGAUCCCCACCAGAAGGCCUGCCGCUGCCCAGCCACCUGACAGACCCGCGUUCCCACGAGCAGAGGCUUGAGGAAAGUGACGGGGGCAGGCUCACACCCCCCAAGCCUUCACCCUCUUUACACUUAAGCUUUAAGUUUAAGGCUCAGAAUUUUGUUUCAAAGCCAUGGUUUUGCACCUCCCACAGUCCUUUCUGCAUGGGCGGGGUAGGGGGCAGGGACAGCUGUGCUGAGCUGAAGUGGAAAGCACUUGGGGCUUUGGAGUUAGGUCAGGUUCAAGUCCCAGCUUCUAACCCGGCUUGUUCUGAGGACCGAAAGAGGAAUAUAUGCAAAUACCUGCCACGUCACGUGACACAGAAGAGGCACUGAAUGCAUUUUAGUUUCCUUUCUUAUGUACCCAGUUUUGCUGGUCACUUUAGCAUGAAUUCAUCCCAGCUGAGAUCUAGGGCAGCCCUUCUCCAUCUGUAAUAUGCAUACGUGUUACCUGGGACUCCGUGGAGGUGCAGAUUCUGACUCAGUAGUUGCCAGAGAUGCUCCAUUUCCGGGCUCCAUUUCCUGCGGGGGAAAAUGCCCUGAGUAGCAAAAGUGCAGACUAGACAAAGUUAGACGUUUCCAGGUCUCUGAGCAGGAGAGCCCGCGGAUUAAAUACGUAGCGCUACCUGCCUCCCCUUGCCCCCUCUUAGAGAUCAAGUAAUUGUAUUUUGAAGAUUGUAAGCAUUCCUUCUGCUUCCUAAAAACCGGGUAGAAAUAAACAUUUAAAACCU